GCUGCACUAAACCCUGAAUGAAGCUUGACUGGGGGCUUGUACUGUUCAAGGUGCUGAUAUGCGCUGAAGAUGAGUGGCGUAGGAGACAACUCGUUGGAGCCGCUGAGCGCCGACCGCAAACGUAAACUGUCCACCUGCGACACACCGGGCUUAGGGUGUGACAAGCGUCGGAGGGAACAGGAGAGCAAGUACAUCGAGGAGCUGGCUGAGCUGAUCUCUGCGAACCUCUCCAACAUUGACAGCUUCAACGUCAAGCCGGACAAAUGUGCCAUCCUCAAGGAGACCGUGAGACAGAUCAGACAGAUCAAAGAGCAAGGAAAAAGCUCUUGCAGUGAUGACGAUGUCCAGAAGGCGGACGUGUCUUCUACUGGUCAAGGGGUCAUUGACAAGGACCAUCUGGGACCGCUGCUCCUACAGGCCUUGGAUGGUUUUCUGUUUGUGGUUAACCGAGAGGGCAGCAUUGUAUUUGUGUCUGACAACGUGACGCAGUACCUGCAGUAUAAGCAGGAGGAGCUGAUCAACACCAGUGUGUACAACAUCAUCCAUGACGAGGACAGGGAGGAGUUUCACAAGAAUCUACCCAAGUCUAAUGCACCAAAUGGGGCAUCGUGGGGUGGAGAGGUGCCCCGGCAGAAGAGCCACACCUUCAACUGUCGAAUGCUGGUCAACUUUGGUCAUGGGUUGUCAGAAGAGAGGCCUGGGAGCCAACGCUAUGAGAGCAUGCAGUGUUUUGCUCUCACACAGCCCCGGGCCAUGAUGGAGGAGGGAGAAGAUUUGCAGUCAUGUAUGAUCUGUGUGGCACGACGCAUCAUUGCAGUAGAGAGGACAGAGAGGUUCAGCACACGCCAUGAACUCUCUGGUAAGCUGAUUGAAAUUGAGCAGCAAUCCUCUCUUAGCACCACUAUGCGUCCAGGCUGGGAGGACCUGGUGAGGCGCUGCAUGCAGAUGUUCCUCAAUCACAGUGAGGGACAGCCGUGGUCCUACAAACGGCACUAUCAAGAUGCUUUCCAUACUGGUCAUGCGGAGACCCCACUCUAUCGAUUCUCACUUUGUGAUGGCACCCCAGUAACAGCCCAGACCAGAAGCGACCUCUGCAGAAAUCCCAGCACCAAUGAACCGCACUCUUUCCUCUCCACACACUUGCUACAAAGGGAGCAGAAUGGUUAUCGUGGAAACCAGGGUGUAGGGAUGAGGCCUCAAAACAUGGGUGUGAACAACCCCAACCAACCGAUGAACAUGGGCCCAGGAGGGGGCAUGGGCAUGAACAGGGGCUACGGCAUGACUGAGCAGGGCAACAUGCCACAAAGAGGAGUGCCUCCGUACACUGCGGGCAACCGCAUGAAUCCCAUGAACCAGAUGAAUCCCAUGCAUCAGAUGAAUCAAAUGAACUCCAUGCAUCAGAUGAACAACAUGGGUCAAAUGAGUUCAAUGCAUCCAAUGAGCUCCCCCAUGAAUCAGAUGGGCCACCAUGGCAUGCAUCAGCAGCAGCAGCAGCAGCAGCAGCAGCAGCAGCAGCAGCAGCAGCAGCAGCAGCAGCAGCAGCACCAGCAGCACCAACAGCAGCAGAUGGGUCAGUUCCAUGGAGGUGGAGGUGGAGGGUAUGGGAUGGGCAUGACCAGUCCCCAGGCCAGUCCUGGUAUGAAUGGCCCCCCACACAACGUCAUGGGUUCACCCAGAGUCCGAGGAAGCCCCAAGAUGGGUGCGAGCCCCUUCUCGCCCGGAGGAAUGAACUCUCCCAUGAGCUCCAGUCACCCUGGUAACUCUGGAGGAGGGACCACCUUCUCAAGUAGCUCCUUGAAUGCCCUCCAAGCCAUUAGUGAGGGAGUGGGCAAUCCGAUGCCCUCCCCCCUCACCUCUCCGCCCCCUCACAAGCCUGACAGCUCCCCGAGCAUCAACUCCACCAACCAUGCAGCAGGGGGACCCUGUAAACCAAGCCUCCCAGCCUACUCCGACUCCAAGAGCCCAGGCAGCUCACUGGGAGCUGGAGGAGAGCAGCAGUCUCAGCAGAAUCCACACACCCCCACCGGCGAGGGGCCUCACGACAAGCCAGACAGUCAGGCCAGCAGAGAGGCGGGUCCGGCCGGGGGGGGAUCCAACCGACGGAUCCCUGACACCAAGUGCAACAAGAAGCUUCUGCAGCUCCUCAUCUCCCCUACGGAUGAGCUGGUGCCACCUAAUCAUACACCGGGCUCCGGGCCCAGCUCAACGCCGGAGGCUAAAGACGGUACAGCCAGCGUCACCAGCCCUUCCUCCUCAACGGGAGUGUCCUCCUCUACAGGUGGCAGUCACGGCGCUGUGUCUUCCUCAGGCGGCACAGGACAUUUGACAAGUCAGUCACUGCAAGAAAAGCACAAGAUCCUCCACAAGCUGCUGCAGAACGGGAACACUCCCGACGAGGUGGCUCGCAUCACAGCCGAGGCCACUGGGAAGAGCAGCCUGGAGGCAGGGGCAUCGGAGCCUGGGCCGGCAGCCACUGGAGGGGUCAGGGGAUCAGAAUCAAAGCAAGAGCAGCACAGCCCUAAGAAGGAGAAGCCCCACGCCCUCCUUCACUACCUCCUCAACAAGGACGACACCAAGGAAGGUGGUGAUAUCAAGCCAAAGCUGGAGGAGCUGGAGGGGAGAGGACCUCAGGGGACAGGGGUCACCAGCUCUGACCCCCACUGCAUAGAUGGGAAGGUCAAGUUGGAGCCGUCUGAUGAGGCGGAGACCCUGGAGACCAUUCUGGGUGUCCCAAGGAACAACCCUGGCUUCUACCCUGAACCAGACUCCAGAGCAGGGAAGGAAGUGGGAAACAAACAAGGAAAUCUGCCCGACAGUUUACAUGAUGGGGAGAUAGGCCCCAUGCCUCCAGCUCAGCGCACUGCCUAUCAAAGAGCCUUAUCCAUGGAUACCAAGCCCAUGGGUGGAGAGGGAGCAGCAAUAGGAGGAGGGCUGGCCGGGAGACGGAAUGUCCCCUGUCCCACGUUGGUCAAACAAGAGAAGAUGGAUGCUCCGAUUCGACCUGGGCUCGUUCCCAAUGGUUUUCCAGGGGGAAUGGGUGUGUGUCCACCACGGGGCAACCCAACAAGAGGUAUGGGCAGAGGAAUGGGAAUGCCUCAGCGGUCUCCCAUGUCCGGGCCAGGGGACUGGGGGAUGCCGAGGUCCAGCGGCAGCCCCGUGGCCGGACCAGGACACCCUGGCAUGGGUCGCUCUGGUCCAAUGGGAGGACACAUGAUCAACCGGUCCAACAGUGUACCCGGGAAAACCAGGUCUAUGCUGCAGCAGCAGCUCAUGGAUAUUGGUACAAAUGAACCCAAUAUGGGCAUGAGCCCGUUUGGUGGACAUGGGCCCCCACCUCGGUCCCCUUCCUGGCCAGACUCUCCGAUGGUAAUAGACAGGCCACAGACUAACACGAACAGGGACCAGUUUGGGCAUCCCCUGGAGGAGCUGCUGGGGCCCCUGGUCAACAGCGAGGGCCCGACUGAUGAACGAGCACUUCUUGACCAGCUGGACUCUCUGCUCAACACCACUGAUGUCAUUGCUCUGCAGGAGAUAGACCGAGCCCUAGGAAUCCCUGAAAUAGUAGGCCAGAACCAUGGACCUGAAGGCCGCCAGCAGGUCCGGGAUCGAGGCCAGGGUCGGGGCCCACCAUCAGAGCCUUUCCCAGGGCCAGAAUCCUCCUUAGGCAUAGACCAAAAACCCAUGUAUAACCAAGGUUACCCUGGGCCCCCAGCGCCCUCCUCUAUGGGCAUGCAGCCUGGUUAUGUCGGCAACACAAUGCAAGGCCAGUCUCCUGGAGGCUUCAAUCCCAUGAUGAAUCAAGCGGGCCGGACGGGGGGCUUCCCUGGCAUGGCGGGGAUGGGGGGUAUGGGUAACCCCCGAGCAAACAUGAUGCGACCUCGCAUGAUGACUGCCACCAAGCCCCUCCGACUGCAGCUGCAGCAGAGACUGCAAGGACAACAGUUUAUGAACCAGACCCGACAAGGCUUGAAGAUGGAACAUGCCCCUGGAGGAAACCCUGCAAUGCAUUCAGGAAUGCAGCCCGGCAUGCAGCCUGGCAUGCAGCCUGGCAUGCAGCCUGGCAUGCAGCCCGGCAUGCAGCCCGGCAUGCAGCCCGGCAUGCAGCCUGGCAUGCAGGCCGGCUUGCAAGCUAGCAUGCAGGCCGGCCUGCAAGCUGGAAUGCAGCCCGGCCUGCAAGCUGGAAUGCAGCCCGGCCUGCAAGCUGGAAUGCAGCCCGGCCUGCAAGCUGGAAUGCAGCCUGGCAUGCAAGCUGGAAUGCAGCCCGGCAUGCAAGCUGGCAUGCAGCCUGCAAGCAUGGGUGGUCAGCCCGGUUUCCUGAACGCUCAGAUGAUGGCUCAGCGCAGCAGGGAGAUGAUGACCAUGCAGAUGAGAAGGCAGCGGAUGAUGAUGCUGAUGCAACAGCAGCAGGGUCAGGGCCAGGGGGCAGCAAGAGGCUUCAGCCCUCCUCCAAAUGUCACAGCACCAGGAGGCAUAGACAGCUCCAUCGGAGUUCCCCCCAUGACCCAGCCUGGACAGCAGGGCUUCAACUAUGGAGGUAACUAUGGGAUGAACCAGCAGGGGGACCCGUCAUUAAUGACUCCUGGAAGCAGCCCGUCAGCAAACAUGAUUCAAGGACGAAUGGGAGGUCCUCCUCAGACCACCAUGAUGCCAGGGAUGCAGAGCCAUCCACAGGGAGGGCCCAUGUACCAGUCUGGAGACAUGAAAGGCUGGCCACAGGGCGGCAUGCCACGCAACAACACAUACCCCCAGCAACAGUUUCCCCAGCAGGGCAACCCGGGCCAGUUUGGACCCAUGAUGAUGAACAACGCCAUGGGUGGACCCGGGGCAGUCAGCGGGGCACCCGGUGCGGGUCAGAUGGGCCAAAUGCCAGUACAGAGGCCGGGCCAGAUGCAGGGCCAAAUGCAAGGCCAAAUGCAAGGACAGAUGCAGGGCCAGAUGCAAGGCCAAAUAGGCAUGAACCCCAUGGGAAUGGGCAGAAUGCCAAUGGGACCUGAUCAGAAGUAUUGCUGAAGACCUGUGGCUGAUAAGAGAAACCUGGAGACCUUCAGCUGUGGCGGAGCGGUCUGAGCCCUGAGAAGAGCCGGACCUACACACACACACACACACACACACACACACACACACACACACACACACACACACACACACACACACACAAACACACAAACACAAACA